AUGGUGGACGGAGAGAAGAGUCACACCACUCUCACUGCUUUGGAAUUGGGUCGGUUUGGAAUAUUUCAGUGUUGGUUGGUUUCUGAUUUUGAAUUGGUUGAUGUGAUAUCUUUGUGCUUCAACAUGGGUAGCUUAUGUUCCAAGAGUUCAGCUGUAGAGGACAGCAAGGUAGAUGCCACUAAGAAAUUGCAAUCGUAUAGCACAAGGCCUUCCGAGUUGAAUGUUUUGCGGUUGAAUUCGACUAGGAGGGUUGAAGCCGGUGGGGCUAAAGACGUGAUAAUACAUGGUGGUCAUGUAAAUGGUUCAUUGAUUGACAAGAAUUCCAAUGGUUCAGGGAGGUUGUAUGGUGAUCAUGAUGGGAAGAAGAAAAUUGAGAAGCCUGAAUUGACUGUUGUGGAUCAUAUUGGCCCUGGAAGGAUUCCAAAGGCUAUAGAAGGAGAGCAAGUUGCAGCAGGAUGGCCAGCAUGGCUUUCUUCGGUUGCCGGUGAAGCUAUUAAGGGAUGGAUACCACGGAGAGCGAAUACUUUUGAAAAGUUGGACAAAAUUGGGCAAGGAACUUAUAGUACUGUUUAUAAGGCAAGGGAUGUGAUUAACCGCAAGUUUGUUGCAUUGAAGAAAGUACGCUUUGACAAUCUUGAUCCUGAGAGUGUAAAGUUUAUGGCAAGGGAAAUUCAUGUUCUGCGUAUGCUUGACCAUCCAAACAUAAUAAAAUUGGAGGGCUUGGUAACGUCACAGAUGUCUCGCAGCUUGUACCUUGUUUUUGAGUAUAUGGAGCAUGAUCUUACAGGACUAGCAUCAAAUCCUGACAUCAAGUUCUCUGAAACACAGCUAAAAUGCUACAUGCAGCAACUUCUUAGUGGAUUGGAUCAUUGUCAUAGUCAUGGUAUCCUCCACCGUGACAUAAAGGGCUCAAAUCUUCUCAUUGACAAUAAUGGAAUCUUAAAAAUAGCUGAUUUUGGUUUGGCGAGUUUUUUUGAUCCCCACCACAGCGUCCCAUUGACAAGUCGUGUAGUAACCCUAUGGUAUAGGCCACCAGAACUUUUACUUGGAGCAAAUCGUUAUGGGGUUGCAGUAGAUUUGUGGAGCACUGGUUGCAUACUGGGUGAACUAUAUACUGGAAGGCCCAUUUUACCAGGAAAAACAGAGGUUGAGCAAUUGCAUCGAAUUUUUAAACUUUGUGGCUCACCAUCUGAUGACUAUUGGCUUAAAUUGCGGCUGUCACAUUCAACAGUAUUCAGGCCACCACACCAUUAUAGGCGAUGUGUUGCAGAGACAUUUAAGGACUACCCAUCUACUGCUGUAAAGCUUAUAGAGACUCUACUUUCUAUAGAGCCAGCACAUAGAGGGACUGCAGCAGCUGCGCUAAAAAGUGAGUUCUUUACAUCAGAGCCUCUGCCUUGUGAUCCAUCAAGUUUACCGAAAUAUGCUCCCAGCAAGGAGAUUGAUGCUAAAUUACGAGAUGAAGCCAGAAGGCAAGGAGCUGUUGGAGGUAGGGACCAAAAAGUUGCCUCAGGAGUUAGACAAGAAAAAGGACAUAGGACCAACGUCACAGCAAAAGACAAUGCUGAACCAGGUUUAUCAGUACAGCAAGGACGUUAUUCCAGCUCAAAGAACCGAAGUGAAUUUUACAACCCUCAUAGGGGAGCAGUGCCUGGGAUUCUGGUUUUCCCAAACAGACAGUCAGAAGAUGCUAAAGAAAUGGAAAAUAAUUCUUCUGGGCAUAUUUAUAAGAGGCCAUCACAUUCAGGCCCAUUGGUUCCUGGUUCUGGUUGGGCAAAAGGUGCGAAGGAAGUUGAUGAUGUGCCUCCUGUUUCAAUCAGAGGGAACCUAUCAAAACUAUCUGGGCUAGUGGCAUCUAGAACUUCGUUGCCAGAAGACCAGGAGGAUAAACCAGUUCAGUUGCACCACAGAAAACCGAUUGAAGUAAGAAAAUCCAUGGAGUCUACUAACGGAUCAGAGUCAAGAAGAAGGCAGGAUCAAAAACGGAUUGUUGAUCUCAAUCAAAUUGAAAGUAGGAGGGUCCCCAGCGAAAAAUCAACUCCGGGUGGGCGCGAGUCGAUGGGAAACAAGAUAUACCUCUCAGGUCCAUUAAUGGUGUCAGCAAACAAUAUGGAUCAGAUGCUCAAAGAGCAUGAUCGAAAGAUCCAAGAGUUUUCAAGACGAGCAAGAAUUGACAAGUCAAGAGCAAGAGGUGAGAAAGUUCGUGCAAAGCGGAAGUGGUGA